AUUUACCAGGCUGUCAAACGCACACCUCCAACAUGGCGGCGCCCGUGGGGAGCAGCGAUACUUCAGUAGCCAGCGUUUCAGCUCAGUCCACAGCAGUUUCCGGAGCCGAAAAUGCUCAUCUACAGUACAGUGUUCUCUUGGAUCAUCUCAUCGGUGAUAAGAGAAAAAUUAAAGACCUGAAUCCGGGCGUUAUGGGCGGUUUACCGACCCCACACAAAACGGACGAGCAGAAGAUGAUUGAACGCGGCAUGGAGAGCUGCGCUUUUAAAGCAACGCUAGCAUGUGUCGGAGGUUUUGUGUUAGGAGGUGCUUUUGGAGUCUUCACAGCUGGCAUUGACACCAAUGUUGGUUUUGAUCCUAAAGACCCGCUGAAGACCCCCACAGCGAGAGAAGUGCUGAGAGACAUGGGUCAGAGGGGAAUGUCCUACGCUAAAAACUUUGCUAUUGUUGGUGCAAUGUUCUCAUGUACAGAGUGCAUUAUAGAAUCACAUCGCGGUAAAUCAGACUGGAAGAACGCAGUGUACAGCGGCUGCAUUACUGGAGGUGCGAUUGGAUUCAGAGCUGGCCUGAAAGCUGGGAUUCUGGGCUGUGGUGGUUUCGCUGCCUUCUCUGCUGCUAUUGAGUAUUACCUCAGAUGAACUAUUGCUUCAGAGCUUCGAGAGUUGGAUGGACUCUGAACAAGAACCUAUAUAACCAAGAGCAGGCUUUGAACAUGAGACAUUUUUUGGCAGGCGUUACUUGCUUGUCAAAUGAUUUUGAAAUUGUUUUCGUGGAGAACCGACUUCAGAAAACCAAUUCAGUUUUCUGACCUGGGUAAGUGUGUAACGUAAUUUCUGAGUGUCCUGUAGGUGUCAGUGUUGACAUACCAGUGUCCAUUUGGCUUUUCAAUGCUGAAAGGUGAUCCACAAACCAGCGAACACCUUUCCUCAAAUUUUCCAUGCAGUCAGACGACUCCUCUGGUAAAAACAACCUGAAGCCGGAUCAUGGUGAUAAUUCCUAUCAAUGAAUGCUUAUUGAUGUGUAGUAUGAAUGUUUGGCCCCAUAGCUGUUUGUCUAUAAUUGUACAACUAGUAAAUAAAAUAUGAAACCUUA